CGCGCUUUUUCCGCACGCACCCAAGACCCAACCAAGGGACUAGAAUUAAUUCUCUCUCCAUUUCUCCGACUAGCGAACUCAUCAGUGCAGUGGAACCAUUUCCGCAGCUCCAAGUGGUCUGUUUGCUGAUUUCUCUCAUGUCGGUUCAAAUCUUUCUGCUGUAUAUAGUAGUCGCAGGAGGAGCUUUAUUAGUAUAAUGCAGAGGAUCCUCUCAUCUUCUCGUACUCUAGCCCUCCCUUUCUCUUCUUCUGCUUCCCCUUCCUCUUCCAGAGCCUUCUGCCGCAACUCCUUCCACUUCUUUCCCUCCUCCUGCGCAGCCCUAUCUCGCUCUCUUACUCCUUCUUCUCCGCUUCACUCCAUCAUGCCUCAGGUUUACAGCGCGCUCUUUCUUACUGAGCUCUGCCAUUUGCAGAGAAGAGGUGCACAGAAGGGGCAGACAUGGAAACCAAAGACUCAGGGUGAUAAGUCCUCAUCAGCAGCUGUUGAUGAAGCGGUCACCAGUGGAAUCGCCGGUCUUAAUAUAGCUGAAACCAAUGGCCAGUCUCAUGCUCAAUCUUCACGACUGCAGUCUAGGAAUGCGCAAGUCGUUAACCAGGGUGUUGUGCCAGGGCAAAAGGCUGUGUGGAAACCCAAGGCUUAUGGAACUGUCAGUGGAGUUGAUGAUGCGUCUGCCCAAAAGACAGUGGCUGAUGGCCACAGAGUUGCUGUAGCUGAGAAGGCAUCGUCUCCCAGAACUAGUGCUGCUUUAAGCCAAUUGUUUAAGGCCAACGUGUUGGAAAAUUUUACUGUGGACAACUCGGCUUACUCCCGCAGUCAAAUCAGAGCCACUUUUUAUCCGAAAUUUGAGAAUGAGAAAUCUGAUCAAGAGAUUAGGACAAGGAUGAUAGAGAUGGUUUCCAAAGGAUUGGCUAACAUGGAGGUUACUCUCAAACAUUCUGGCUCACUUUUCAUGUACGCUGGCAAUAAGGGGGGUGCAUAUGCCAAAAAUAGCUUUGGGAAUAUAUACACUGCCGUUGGUGUCUUUGUUCUUGGACGAACAUUUCAGGAAGCUUGGGGUACUGCAGCUGCUAAAAAGCAAGUCGAGUUCAAUGAUUUUCUUGAGAGACAUAAUAUGUGCAUAUCAAUGGAGCUCGUAACUGCUGUUUUAGGAGAUCACGGGCAGCGGCCCAAUGAAGACUACGUGGUGGUGACUGCGGUUACAGAACUGGGCAAUCGGAAGCCAAAGUUCUACUCAACUCCUGAAGUCAUUGCUUUCUGUAGAAAAUGGCGCCUCCCAACAAAUCAUAUCUGGUUGUUUUCAACAAGGAAAUCUGCAACGUCUUUCUUCGCCGCCUUCGAUGCACUUUGUGAAGAAGGAACAGCAACUACUGUAUGCAGGGCCCUUGAUGAAGUUGCUGAUAUAUCUGUGCCAGGUUCACAAGACCACAUAAAGGCACAAGGUGAAAUCUUGGAGGGUCUAGUGGCUCGUAUCGUACCUCAUGAGAGCUCAAAGCAUAUAGAGGAGGUCUUGAAAGAAAAUCCUCUUCCAGCAGCAGAUGGAGCUGGCAUUGAUUUGGGACCAAGCCUGCGGGAAAUUUGCGCUGCAAAUAGAUCAGAUGAGCAACAGCAAAUAAAAGCACUCCUUGAAAAUGUUGGCCGUUCUUUUUGCCCCGACUCGGUGGACUGGUUCGGAAUUGAUUCUAGGGAGACUCAUUCGAGAAACGCGGACCGAUCAGUGGUUACAAAGUUUCUGCAAGCUCACCCUGCUGACUAUGCCACCACUAAAGUUCAGGAAGUUAUUCGUCUGCUGAGAGAAAGACGCUUACCAGCUGCGUUUAAAUGUUAUCACAAUUUCCACAAAGUUGAGGCCAUAACGAAAGACAACCUUUUCUACAGAAUGGUUGUCCAUGUGCAUAGUGAUUCAGCAUUUCGCCGAUAUCAAAAGGAGAUGAGGAACAAGCCUGGGUUAUGGCCAUUGUAUCGAGGGUUUUUCAUCGACAUUAAUUUGUUCAAGGCGAGCACAGAGGGAGCUGCUGAAAUUUUGAAUAGCCAGAAUAACACAGUGGGAAAUGCUAACGAAAAUGGAGCUGGAUUAUCAACAGACAGUCUUGCUGAUGAUGAUGCAAAUUUGAUGAUCAAACUAAAAUUCCUUACAUACAAGUUGAGAACAUUUUUGAUCCGUAAUGGGCUGUCAAUUCUUUUCAAGGAUGGACCAGCUGCUUACAGGACUUACUACCUAAGACAAAUGAAAAUAUGGGGAACUUCAGCUGAAAAGCAGAGGGAACUUAGCAAGAUGCUUGAUGAAUGGGCUUCCCAUAUCCGUCGGAAAUGUGGAAGAAAACAGCUAUCCUCAUCAAUAUACCUUAGUGAAGCCGAGCCUUUCCUCGAACAAUAUGCAAAACGGAGUACUAUAAACCAGACACUUAUAGGAUCUGCUGGGAAUUUAGUAAGGGCUGAAGAUUUCUUGGCUAUCAUAGAAGGUGGUAGGGAUGAAGAAGGUGAUCUCGAGAGAGAAAGAGAGGUGGAGCCUCCAACCCCGAGCUCACCAGUCAAGGAAGCUGUCCAUAAGGAUGACGGUUUAAUUAUCUUCUUUCCUGGAAUACCUGGUUGUGCUAAAUCUGCACUUUGCAAGGAAAUACUGAGUUCUCCAGGAGGGCUUGGUGAUGAUCGUCCAAUUCACAGUUUGAUGGGUGACCUUAUCAAAGGGAGGUACUGGCAGAAGGUUGCUGAAGAUCGCAGAAAAAAACCGUACUCUAUAAUGCUUGCAGACAAGAAUGCACCAAAUGAGGAAGUCUGGAGACAGAUUGAAAACAUGUGCAGGACUACCCGAGCUUCUGCAGUUCCCGUAGUACCUGAUUCUGAAGGAACAAUUUCCAAUCCAUUUUCGCUUGAUGCAUUAGCUAUUUUCAUCUUCCGUGUGCUUCAAAGGGUUAAUCACCCGGGUAACUUGGACAAAUCCGCUCCAAAUGCUGGCUAUGUGCUACUAAUGUUUUAUCACCUUUACGAGGGGAAGAGUCGGAGUGACUUUGAGGCUGAGCUGGUUGAACGUUUCGGAUCCCUUGUCAAGAUGCCAUUGCUGAAAUCAGAUAGGAGUCCUCUGCCAGACCCUGUGAGAUUAGUUUUGGAGGAGGGGAUAAGCUUAUACAAUCUUCACACAACUAGACAUGGAAGGUUGGAGUCUACGAAGGGUUCAUACUCGAAAGAGUGGGCCAAAUGGGAGAAGCAAUUACGGGAGACUUUAUCUUUGAAUUCAGACUACCUAACUUCUGUUCAGGUUCCAUUCGAGGUUGCUGUCAAGCAAGUGUUGGAGCAGCUGCGGAGUAUUACCAAGGGAGAGUACAAAACUCCCAGUACAGAGAAGAGAACGUUUGGGACGAUUGUUUUCGCUGCUGUCACUUUACCGGUUUCAGAAAUCUCCAGUUUCCUUAACGAUCUAGCUCAGAAGAACCCCGAGGCUGAACAGUUUCUCAAGGACAAAGACUUGGCACAGAACCUCAAGAAGGCUCAUGUGACUCUAGCUCAUAAGAGAAGUCACGGGGUUACGGCUUUAGCUAAAUUCGGACCAUUUGUCCACCAAAGUGUCCCCGUGGAGUUCACAGCGCUUCUCUUCACGGACAAGAUGGCUGCCCUGGAAGCACAACUGGGAUCAGUGGACGGUGAGAAAAUAGAAUCGAAGAACGAAUGGCCUCACGCCACUCUCUGGACAGCUCAGGGAGUUCCACCAAGGGAAGCAAACACACUUCGACAAUUGGCAUCUGAAGGGAAGGCAACACGAGUCGAAAUAAACCCCGCAGUAACAAUCUCCGGGACUGUCGACUUCUACUGAGGAUAGAGCACAGCAAAAGUUUUGGUAGGCACUCAGGACUUUUGGUUUACUGAGAGGGUUGUAUAUAAUGAGGGAUCCUUUUCGUAUUCAUAUCUUUCCCUAUUCCACUAGCCACUGAGAUCCACGUACUGGGAAUCCAUUAUGAUUCUGUGUCAUGGUGGACAAAAAUUUUCAUAAACCCAGUAACAAAAAGAGGUAUUAACUGGUUCAAUGUUCAGUAGCCAACAAUGCAAAAGGAUGAAAAGACAGUAUAUCGUAGUAACUACGAACGAGAAACAGCCUCAUCAGUGGCUCUUCUAGUCCUUUUCAUUUUCCCAACUCCUGCUUAUUGCUGUUGGCAUAUACUGGGCAGAAUUGCAGUAGCCUCUCCAUCGAUAACAAGCAGGUCACCCUUCUUCUUGAAGCAUUUCGUCGCAAAUUUGGCGAUGUAUUUGUUCUUGUGUUCCCUAACACUAGUAGCUACCACCUCGCCAAUGAUCUCUUCUCCUAUAUAAACCGGCGUCUUGAAAUGCAGGCUCUGCGACGCAUAUAUAGCUCCAGGAAAAUUGGACGAGAUGAUUCGAGGGAACAGUGCGGCGACAAGCAUUCCAUGAACAAGCCGGUCCUCGAAUCCAGAACUUCGAGCCACUUCAGGAUCAAAAUGCAGCGGAUUGGAAUCGUGGCUCACCUCUGAGUACCGAAGGAUGUCUUCACAUGAGAAGACUCUGGUUUGCCUUAAAGUAUCUCCGGUUCUCAGUACUCGGGAAGCUGUAGUUGAAAAGAAUUUCGGAGAGAACGCCGCACUUUGCAACAGACGCUUCUUCGUUGCCGCCGCCAUUGCUCGAAAUGGUAUCUUGGCGAUAGUCAAAUGAACACUGGGCGAAGAGUUAAACCCACCUGCUAACUAAAGCUUAGGAAUUUUAACAAACACUUAACGAGCAAUGGUUAUGAAUGCCGUUCCAGCCGUUAUCACGGGAUUUAGAGGCGCAUUUGUAACCGUCGGGGCUGAUCGACGGAGUUUCUCGGCGAGAUGAUGACUCCGACGAGUCAAUUAGAAGAAACAGACCGAGAUGAAAACCACACCAAACCUGGCCCCGAAAAUGGAAAAGGAAUUUUCUUUCUCUCUCGAGGGUAAGGAAGAAGAAGCGGCAGCCCUGAACCUUUUUUUGUAGAUAUUACCCUUGUCCUUCUGUUAUUAUAGCAUCAGAACUGACUUCCCUAUCCCGCCAAAUCGAGCUUAGGUCAUUUGAUACUCUCAUGGCUACCAUUAAAAGCACUGUAUUACUUACUCAUUGCAAGUUGG